UGUUGCUGCUUCUUCACGGAGUAGCAACACUGAGAAUGGAUUUGGAAUCCAUCCAGCACUCCCCCUCGCGCAUAUACUCAGACACAUUUGCUCUGCAAGAUUGGUGCCCAGUGGUUCAACUGGAGUGAUAAGAAGCAGAGGCAGCGAAGAAAGCCAUGUGCCAGUCUGUUUUAGAGACUGUGAAGCUGUUUCUCCUUCCCUCCGCCUGCUGCCGGACGCUGGCCGGCCACUCUGGUCGGCUGCACUCCAGGAGCCCAGGUAAGGCCACACAGUGAAGGCUGUUGUGCAGGGAUCCUUCCCACUCACAGAGAAGACCACGCCGCCUGGCUGCAACAACCUAGAGGCUCAGGAGAAGAAUGAACUGGCCCCAUGCCUGCUUCUCAUUUUGCUGGAUUUAUUUUGCUGCUUCCAGACUGAGAGCUGUAGAUACGGCAAAUGGAAAAUACGCUCAGAAGUUGUUUAACGACCUGUUUGAAGAUUAUUCCAAUGCUCUUCGUCCAGUCGAAGAUACAGAUAAAGUCCUGAAUGUCACAUUGCAGAUCACACUGUCUCAGAUCAAGGAUAUGGAUGAAAGAAACCAGAUUCUGACUGCCUAUCUGUGGAUCCGCCAGAUCUGGCAUGAUGCCUAUCUCACGUGGGAUCGAAACCAGUAUGAUGGGCUGGACUCCAUCAGGAUUCCCAGCGACCUGGUGUGGAGGCCAGACAUUGUCCUGUACAACAAGGCUGAUGAUGAGUCUUCAGAGCCUGUGAACACCAAUGUGGUCCUGCAUUACGAUGGGCUUAUCACGUGGGAUGCACCAGUCAUCACCAAAAGCUCCUGUGUGGUGGAUGUCAUCUACUUCCCCUUUGACAACCAGCAGUGCAAUCUGACCUUUGGUUCCUGGACCUACAAUGGCAAUCAGGUAGACAUAUUCAAUGCCCUGGACAGUGGAGAUCUCUCUGACUUCAUCGAGGAUGUGGAAUGGGAGGUCCAUGGCAUGCCUGCUGUGAAGAAUGUCAUCUCCUAUGGCUGUUGCUCUGAGCCUUACCCAGAUGUCACCUUCACCCUCCUUCUGAAGAGGAGGUCCUCAUUCUACAUCGUCAAUCUCCUCAUCCCUUGUGUCCUCAUAUCUUUCCUAGCUCCCUUGAGUUUUUAUCUCCCAGCAGCCUCUGGGGAGAAGGUCUCCCUGGGAGUCACCAUCCUGUUGGCCAUGACCGUUUUUCAGUUAAUGGUAGCAGAGAUUAUGCCAGCCUCAGAAAAUGUCCCUCUGAUAGGCAAAUACUACAUAGCCACGAUGGCCUUGAUCACAGCCUCUACCGCCCUGACCAUCAUGGUGAUGAACAUCCACUUCUGCGGGGCUGAGGCCCGGCCAGUGCCGCACUGGGCCCGGGUGGUCAUCCUGAAGUACAUGGCCAGGAUCUUGUUUGUCUACGAUGUGGGUGAGAGCUGCCUGAGCCCACGUCACAGUAGGGAGCGGGGCCACCUCACAAAGGUUUAUGGCAAACUUCCCGAGUCAAGCCUGAAGACAGCCAGGAACAGAGACCUUUCCAGGAAGAGGGAAAGGAACAAACUCUUAAAGAACAACCUGGGGUGCCAGGGUGAGGUGCCUCAGGAUGCCGAGAGUUACUGUGCGAGGUACGAAACGCUGACGAGAAAUAUAGAGUACAUUGCCAAGUGCCUUAAAGACCACAAGGCCACCAACUCCAAGGGGAGUGAAUGGAAGAAGGUUGCAAAGGUCAUAGACCGAUUCUUCAUGUGGAUUUUCUUCAUCAUGGUGUUUGUGAUGACAAUUUUGAUCAUAGCGAGGGCAGAUUAGGAGGCAUUUGAUAUGGGGGAGAAAUCAAUAAAAUCCCCUGUGAUCCACUGCAAUGUUCCUCUAAGCCAGAUUGUUGUUCACACAUAAUUUAGGGGUCAUGUUAUUUGUGAUUUUUAAUUUAACUUCAAUAUUGUAGCUACCUGUCACGUUAAAGUAAGCAAGAGAUCUACAAUUUUAAGGGUAGAAUAAAGGGGAAAUAAAGAAGGACUCCUUUCAUAGCUUACCAGAAUGGUGGGCAACUUGUGCCUUAUUUAUGCAACUAUUCAGCUCUUCAGUACUGGCAAUAACAAAGCAUAGUACGUAACUUUUCAACAGUUAGAACAACAAAAAAGUGCAAAACAAAACAGAUUU